AUGGCGCACGAGAUGCAGGCGGCGCCUGUGACGCCGACCAGUGCAUCGCCCUCGCCACCGGGUGGGAGUCCUGCUGCGGCAGCCACAGCCGCCGCGACAACAACAGAGCCACCGGUGGCAGACGGUAGGACGCCAUCCAUGCCUGUGGAAGAGAGAGUCCGUCGCGAUCUCGAGCAGCGCACACGCGGCGUAAUUGAUGCACUUUACCAACUUGCUGCGCGUGUAGCCGAUGGACGUGAUGAUGUGCCGCAAAGCGUCGCAGACAAUGUACAACAUGUCGUGCAUGCCAUCGCGCAAAUAGAUGCAAUGCGAGGUCAUAUACAUACCCAGAUUCCCAAAGACGUCAUGGACCUCGUGGACGCCGGUCGCAAUCCGGAUAGCUAUACGCGCACAUUUAUAAACCGCUUAGCCAGUGAGAAUCAGUACUCGCUGGGCCAGUACCAGUCCAUGCGAGCCUUCCGCGAUCAGCUGGGCGUCGCGCUGAGCGACGCCUUCCCAUCCCUGAAGCCCAGCAUUGAAAAGGCACAGCGGCCAUAG